AUGUCUUCCAAGAACAACGCUGAGGUCUGCCCCGUCGUCGGCACGACCAACUCGACCCUCCCGCCCUCCCACCCGGCCGUCGACCUGUCCAAGCCAGGCCAGACGUGCCCCGUCGUGGGCGCAAAGACGGAGCACCACGGCAACCUGCACCAGCACCCAGAGGUUCCCAUCCCCAGCGGCGCCAGCCCGACCGACGCCCAGCGCUGCCCGGUCGUCAGCAAGCUCGUCAAGGAGCCCCAGGCGCAGGAGCUCGACGACAAGGUGUGCCCCGUCGUCGGGCCCGUCACGACGGUGCUCCCGCCCGACCACCCGGCCACCGAGGGCCAGGACCCGGACAAGGAGUGUCCCGUCACGCAUGCCAAGGUCGGCCACCACAAGGGCAAAGUCAUCGGGCACCCGAGCGUUGCCGGCGCCGCCGAGGGCGCCGUCUGUCCUGUUGUCGGCCAUGCUUGA